UGCAGCUAAGCUCACUUCUCGCUUGACACGGCCCGAGCUGGAGGUGGGCGCCCUGCGCAGCAGCCAGCACACCGAUGGCUCUGCCCUGCGCCCUGGGGCUCGGGUCGCUGUUGUUGCUGCCGGGAGCCAUGGGCAGUGGGAAGGAGGACAGCAUGGGUUCCAGCUCCAUCACCGUGGUCCUGCUGCUGCUGCUGCUGUUGCUGCUGGCCACCAGCCUGGCCCUGGCCUGGCGCCGCCUCAGCCGUGACUCAGGGGGCUAUUACCACCCAGCCCGCCUGGGCGCUGCGCUCUGGGGCCGCACCCGCCGCCUGCUCUGGGCCAGCCCCCCAGGCCGCUGGCUGCAGGCUUGGGCCGAGCCAGGCUCGCAAGACGCCGACCCUGAACAGCGACCAGAGGAGGAUGAACAAGACGCUGAUCCUGAAGAUGCUGAAGAUGCCAUUGACGGUGGCCCAGACAGUGCCGGCCCCUGGGAGGGCGGGCAGCAGCCAGGAGCAGGGCCCUGCCCUGAGCAGGCCCCAGAGCAGGCCGAGGAAGCCCAGGACAGCGACACUGAAGGCAGCCUGGUCCUCGGCUCCCAGGGGCCGGCGGGCGCAGGGGGCAGUGCCGAGGCCCUGCUGAGUGACCUGCACGCCUUCUCGGGCAGUGCAGCCUGGGAUGACAGCACCGGGGCGGUGGGGGGCCAAGGCCUGCACGUGACUGCGCUGUAGUGUCCCACCCAUCAUAGCCCCCCUCACUGGGUCUCUGCUUUCCAAGCUGGACACCGCCUGUCCUGGACUGGUUAUCACCCACGCCCCCACUGUGGAGCCCCUGCGACCGUCACCACCCCCACUUUCCAAAGCUCCGGGUAUCCCCUGCACUGGAAAUAAAUGCCAACACAUCCUC